AAGUUAACUAAGCCAGUUCUGUCUCUCUCCUCUCUCCUCUCUCCUCUCUCACAUCUUCGAGAAGUUUCCGCCGGCGGGAGAGAUCAAAGACAACAGUUGAUCAGAAAUCAGAGAUCAGAGAUAUGAACAUUCUCUUCUCUAGAUUCUCCAUUUUGCUUCUGUUUCUCUGUUCUUGGACCAGUUUCACCACAACAGAGGCUUAUGAUGCACUUGAUCCAACUGGAAACAUUACUAUAAAAUGGGAUAUUAUAAGCUGGACUGCUGAUGGUUAUUUGGCUGUUGUAACAAUAUUUAAUUUCCAACAAUACCGUCACAUUGAGGCGCCUGGGUGGCAAUUAGGAUGGAGUUGGUUGAAGAAGGAAGUGAUAUGGAGUAUGGUUGGUGGGCAAGCAACAGAACAAGGAGAUUGUUCUAAGUUUAAGGGUAACAUUCCUCAUUGCUGCAAGAAAACCCCGGCCAUCGUUGAUUUGUUACCGGGAACUCCUUAUAACCAACAGAUAUCCAACUGUUGUAGAGGCGGUGUGAUUAGCGCGUGGGCACAAGACCCUGCAACUGCGAUUUCUUCGUUUCAGAUUAGUGUUGGUCAAUCUGGAACAACUAAUACUACGGUUAGAGCACCUAGGAACAUCACUUUGAAGGCACCAGGACCUGGUUACACUUGCGGGCCUGCAAAACUCGUUAAGCCUACUAAAUUCAUUUCUGCGGAUGAACGAAGAAAGACUCAGGCCUUGCUGACAUGGAACAUUACUUGCACAUAUUCGCAGUUUCUAGCACGGAAAACUCCGACUUGUUGUGUCUCACUCUCAGCCUUCUACAAUGAAACUAUAAUACCAUGCCCAACUUGUUCUUGUGGAUGUCAAAAUAGUUCUCAAGCUGGUACAUGUGUUGACCCGAAAAUAGCUUCGGUUGUACCAGCUUCGGGGAAGAACAACCUUGAACCGCUCUUGCAAUGUACGCAACAUAUGUGUCCCAUCCGAGUUCAUUGGCAUGUAAAAACUAACUACAAAGAGUACUGGAGAGUGAAGGUCGCAAUCACAAACUUUAACUACAAUAUGAACUACUCGCAGUGGAACUUAGUCGUUCAGCAUCCCAACUUCGACAAUCUCACUCAGCUUUUCAGCUUUAACUACAAACCGCUUAAUCCUUACGCAAACAUAAAUGAUACGGCCAUGCUAUGGGGAAUCAAGUUCUACAAUGAUUUUUUGAGCCAAGCUGGUCCAGUAGGCAAUGUACAAUCAGAGCUUCUCUUCCAAAAGAACCCGUUGGAGUUCACAUUCGAGAAAGGAUGGGCGUUUCCGAGGCGCAUUUACUUCAACGGUGAUAACUGCGUUAUGCCACCUCCAGACUCUUAUCCAUGGCUUCCAAACGCUACUCCAAACCAUGCAGCCUCGCCAUUUGUUAUACUUCUCAUCACUUUCUUUUUUGUUUUAAUUCUUAUGUAAAGGGAUCAAAUCUACAAAUCACUGUUGAUCCAGUUUGGUGAUGUUUACAUUACAAGUCAGUGUGUUAUUAGGAAAUAAUUGUAUGCGAAACAUCAUUCUUUGUAUCUGAAAUAUAUAGAUCAGUAUUGUAGAUAUUUUUUCCUUA